CCCUGCCGCGCGAGACCAGGCCGUGCCGCGCGAUGCCGUCCGUGGCCGCCUUCUCCUCCCCUUUCUGGGCGCUGUUCCGCGGGCCCCUGCCGCGGGCCCGGCGCCUCCUCCUCGUCGCCGCGACGCGCGCGCACAGCGGCGCCGCAGGCGCGAGCCGCGCUCGCGGUACCCUGCCGCGGUUCCACACCCCGACUCUCCCCUCCUCGAAAGUAAGCAUGCUUGUUGCCCCUGCGACAGCCGCGCAUCGCCCGCCGCAUAGGCAUUCUGUCGAACGCCGUGUGCUCGUUUCUUCUGGGCGCGUAGGUGAGGUGGUUCGCAUCCAAGGAGACGAGUUCUGGCACAUGACGCGGGUUUUGCGCCUUGGCAUCAAUGACAGGGUUGAACUAUUUGAUGGGGCGGGCGGUUUAGUUGAAGGAUCUAUACAGAAAAUUGACAAGAGUGGCUCAGAUGUUGAGUUAUUAGAGGAUGCUAUGCUCAUUGCUCCUCAAGGCAUCCAAUGGCAUGUCUUUGCUGCAUUUGGGACACUGAAAGGUGGACGUUCGGAUUGGCUUAUAGAGAAAUGUACUGAACUUGGAGCUUGUACUGUUACGCCUCUUCUGACCGAACGAUGUCACACGAUAGCGGAAAAUAGGGUGGACAGGUUGCAACGUCUUGUGUUGGCUGCAGUUAAACAAUGUCAGAGAAUACAUGAAAUGUCGCUGAAGCCCCCAAUUCAGAUAGGCAACCUUAUUCCUGUUGUGUCACAGUCAAAGCUUGCUUUCUUAGCAUCAGCAGAAGCGCCUCCUCUUUUAAGCGUUCUGCCAAAAUCUAGCAGUGAACAAAGCGGACUUUUGAUUAUUGGACCUGAAGGAGAUUUCACAGAAGAGGAGGUAGGUGCAUUGAAAUCAGCAGGUGCAGCCCCUGUCGGUCUUGGUCCAUGCAGGCUACGAGUUGAGACGGCCACAAUUUCGCUCCUAUCUGCUCUCAUGCUAUGGUCAGAUGCUAAACACCAGGAAACACAGGAAUGCAGGUAGUCGAUCAAUGUACAGUUGGCAGUCAUGUUCUUCUUUGUGUUCUAAACUUGUCCAUAACUUUCGAGGUGAUAUCCUCCUCAAAGAAAACUUUUGGGUGACUACUGCCAUGAAAUGUUAUUCAAGAUAUAGUUGGACU